GAGUGAUGCAAUUGACUGAUACGAAUUACAGUAAAGCUACAAGCAAAGCUGAGGUAAUUUAUUUCAUAUAUAACAGCAGCACAAAGGUAGGCAAUCGAAAGCUUUUGCAGUGCAAUAUCAUCGUAAUCAAAAUAAAAGCGAUAACUCGUCAGUAGGAAUCCAAGUUUCUUGAUGUUAAAUAUGUUAACAGAUUGCAGGUAACUUAAUGACCAAAACUUAUCUUCCCAUAAAUCUCCUACGAUGUCUGGCUCUCAUUUUAUUUCCAACAAAAAGUUAUAUAAUUGUUUUGAAUGCAAUAAAAAUUUUAUUAAAGAGAAAGAUUUAAAGACGCAUCGUUUAAUUCAUAGUGGUGAGAAACCUCAUUCGUGCAAUGUGUGCAAUAAAAGUUUCCGACAAAAAAGUCAAUUAUUUGAGCAUUAUCUCGUUCACACUAAAGAAAAAUCUCAUUCAUGUACAAUUUGCAAUAAAUCUUUUGCUCUAAAACGCACUUUAAAAAGACAUUAUCUUGUCCAUUCUGAAGUAAAAUCUCAUUGGUGCCAGGUUUGCAAUGCAGGUUUCAAGCAAAAGAAUCAUUUGAUGAUUCAUUAUCGGAUUCAUACCGAUGAAAAACCUUAUUCAUGUGACGUGUGUAGCAAGUGCUUCAGAACUAAAGUUGAAUUACACUCGCAUUCAAUUUCUCAUUCAGACACAAAGCCGCAUUCAUGUGAUAUUUGUGGCAAAAGUUUUAACUUCAAAAGCAAUCUAAAUCGACACCAUCGAUCUCAUUCUACUGCAAAACCUUAUACAUGUGUUGUGUGCAACCAUAGCUACAAAGACAAGAAUCGAUUAACUAUUCAUUUUUGCAAACAUACAGGGGAGAAACCUUAUAUAUGUGUUGUCUGUUCUGAAAGUUUUGCAUCCGCAUGUUCUUUAAAAAGACAUUCUUUUAAGCAUUCUUCAGUUAAACCUUACUCUUGUAAUCUGUGUGAUAAAUCCUUCAUUGAUAAAAGUAAUUUAAAUAGACAUAUGCGUUCUCAUGCAAAGGGAAAUAUUCAUAGUGUGAGUCAAAAUGCCCCCCAAGAGAAUAAAUAAGUUAAACUUUCAUUUCUAAAGAGAU